CUGUGGGUAAUUUCCAAAUACAAGGACCUGGUUUGGGUCACCCGCCGCCCGGAGCUGUUCUCCUCCGAAGUAUUCAAUCGUGAUCCCCUGCCUCCGUAUCCCGACAUCGAUGAAUCCGACAUGGGUUUGUACGAGUAUGUAAAAGACUUCUUCUCCCAGUGGUUCAUCCAGCACGACCGCAAGGAAGUAUCGGUUCACGAAGGACCGGACCAUACGGACAUGCGGAAGGUUAUCCACGGGUACUUCACCCCCAAAGCGAUGGAACUCUGGCGCCCAUUGGUACAGUCGGCCAUCAAUCAGCUCCUCGACGAGGCGGAAGAACGCGGCCACAUGGACGUGAUGCGGGAUUACGCUACACCGUUGCCUCUACUGGUCAUCGCGGCGAUGAUGGGCAUCGAAACCACGGACCGUCAGUUCAUUCGUUCCCUGGCCGAAAAACUCCUGUUCAUCGGCCGUGGCAACAACGACCGGAUGCAGCCCCUCACCGAAGGCAUCAUGGGACUACAGGAAUACCUGCGCCCCAUGGUCACCGAGCGAAUCAAGAACCCCAAUGGGGACUUGCUCGACCGCAUGACUGACGCCUACCGCGUGGGCGUGAUGAACGAAGAACAGGUGGUGGCGAACUCGAUUCUCCUGCUGUUGGCCGGACACGAAACCACUAUUAACCUCAUCUGCAACGGCACCCGGGCCUUCAUGACCCACCCCGACCAGUGGGAAUUGUUCAAGUCUGAUCCCAAUGCUCGCAUGAUCCGCGCCACCGAGGAAUGCCUCCGCUACGACCCGCCCGUCAAGUCCAUCACUCGCAUCGCCGGUGAUACCAUCGAACUCGGCGGGAAGCAGAUCAAUCGGGACGAACGGAUGCGAUGGUUCGUCACCAGCGCCAACCGUGAUCCGGAAGUGUUCGACCGGCCAGACGACUUUGACAUCGAGCGCUAUCCCAAUCCUCACGUGGCGUUCGGCAGCGGCAUCCACCACUGCCUGGGAGCGACGUUGGCGCGAUUGGAAGGGCAGGAAGCCUUCAAGGCUCUGGCCGAGAGGUUCCCGAACGUCAACCUCGCCGCCGAUCCGGCAGACCUGACCUAUACCUCAAGCAUCACGUUCCGCACGCUGGAACAGUUGCCGGUGAACCUUUCGUAA